AUGACUAAGCCAUUAUUUGAUAAAAUUUUAAUCGCUAAUCGUGGUGAAAUAGCUUUAAGAAUAAUGAGAACAUUAAAACAAAUGGGUAUUAGAUCAGUGGCGGUAUAUUCUGAAGCUGAUACUCAUUCAAUGCAUGUACAAUAUGCUGAUGAAGCCUAUUAUAUCGGUAGUUCUCCUGCCACAGAAAGUUACUUAUCGAUCAAAAACAUUAUAAAUGCUAUUAGAGCAAGCGGCGCAACCGGAGUACAUCCAGGGUACGGUUUCUUAUCAGAAAAUGCUAAUUUUGCUAAUAUUUUAAAAAGAGAAGGAGUGACGCUAAUAGGGCCUAAUGCUUCUGCUAUUAAGAAAAUGGGGGAUAAAAUAGAAGCAAAAAAAAUUGCUAUUGAAGCCGGGGUAAGUACGGUGCCGGGCUAUAUUGGUACUAUUAGCAAUAUCAGCCAAGCAGUAGAAAUCGCAGAAAAAAUAGGGUUUCCUGUAAUAGUCAAAGCCGCAGCAGGAGGAGGUGGCCGAGGAAUGAGAGCAGUAAAAAAUUCUGAAGAAAUGGCUAAUGCUUUUGAAUCGGCUAAGCUUGAAGCAGUAAAUAAUUUUAGUGAUGGAAGAUUAUUUAUUGAAAAGUUAAUUAAGUCUCCGCGACAUAUUGAAAUCCAGUUAAUAGCUGAUCAGUACGGUAAUAGUGUGUGCCUUGGUGAACGUGAGUGUUCCAUUCAACGUUAUCAUCAGAAGGUAAUUGAAGAGGCGCCGAGCUCCUUUAUUACCGAAGAAAUAAGACAAAAAAUGUAUGAAGAAACAAUAGCUUUAUCAAAUAAAGUUGGUUAUUACUCCGCAGGUACAGUGGAG